AUGUUUUUUAAACAUUUAUUUAAAAUUGGUGAAGAUUUCAUCGACAAAAAACAUUUAGAUAAUUUUUAUAACUAUGAUGGCAAAUGUAACCUCCGUAUGGCACCUAAAUUAACAUACUUUCAUAUUCAUCCUGGGCCUUUUGAUAAAAUGAAAGUUAGAUUGGCAGCUCAAGUUUUUAGUGCCAGUGUUGCAGCUGGUAUGUCCACAGCAUUAAAUUGUAGAUUAUUACCAGUUGAUUCACAAAGAACAAUACAUUUUAUUGACGACAUGGACAAAUUAUUUGAUAUAUUUAAUUCUAGAGAAACUUCUAACGGUAAAAUUUUUAAUAGGCCCUUUAAUAAUGAAUCCCCUCAGUUAGAUCAUCUAAUAAAAAUGACUGAAAUAUUUACAAACUUAAAAGUUAUAAACAAAAAUAAUAAUGCUGAUGUUACUAACCGGACAAAUUUUAUUAAUGGUUGGUUGGUCUCUAUUUCUGGACUACAGAUGCUAUGGAAAUCCUUAAAUUCUAACCAAAACCAACCAUAUUACAUUUCUACCUGCUGUUUGAAUCAAGAUAGUCUUGAGAAUUUAAUUGGAGUUUUUAGACAACAACACGGUAACAACAUAAAUCCUACGCCUAUACAAUUUAUUCAAUCAUUUAAAAAAAUAUUUUGCCUUCAGUAUUUUAAACAUUCCCCAGGAGCUAACUGUCUAGAAGACUUUGAUCAGGUACUUACUCAUAUCAAUGAACAACAAACAACUAAUAAAAAUAAUAAAAUAAAACAAUUAUUUGUUUCUGAAGAACAAAAUCUUUUUAAUUUUAAAUCAAUAAAAAUUGGUACUGUCGACUUCAGGAAAUUGAAUAUUCCUGAAAGAAAUGCUUACACAUAUGUAAGUGGAUAUCUAAUGAAGAAAUGUUUGGAGAAACAUGUAUGCCCGGUUUGUAUAGAGUAUGCAAAUCAUUAA